CUUUCAGCUGAAAAACACGGCUGGCUGCAGCAAGCUAGCUGGGAAGCUCCCAGUUCUAAAGAGAGGCUGUUUACCAGAAGAGCAUAACAAGGGCAGGUCUGAUUGCAAAGCUGGGGCUGGGAGACAGAGCUGCAGCCAAGGGGACCCUGGUUGGAUACCGGUUAUUCGAUCACCUGCAGGAGGACAGAGGCCAUGAUGCUACUGGCCUGGGUACAAACAUUCCUGGUCAGCAAAAUGCUUCUAGCAGAAGCCUAUGGAUCUGGAGUCUGCUUUUGGGACAACGGCCACCUGUACCGGGCGGACCAACCCUCGCCUGCGCCGGGCCUCCACUGCCUCAACUGGCUGGACGCGCAGAGCGACCUGGCGUCGGCUCCCGAGUUGGGCGCCGGCAACCACAACUACUGCCGAAACCCUGACCGGGACCCGCGCGGACCCUGGUGCUAUGUCAGUAGCGAGGCUGGCGUCCCUGAGAAGCAGCCUUGCGAGGACCUGCGCUGCUCAGAGACCACUUCCCAGGCCCCACUAGCCUCCAUGACAGAAACCGAGGCGGCAUUGAAAAUGCCAGUUGAAGAUGAGGUGCAGGUUUUCGCCCCAGCCAACGCCUUGCCCGCCCGGAGUGAGGCGGCAGCUGUGCAGCCAGUCAUUGGAAUCAGCCAGCGGGUGCGGAUGAAUGCCAAGGAGAAAAAGGACCUGGGAACUCUGGGCUAUGUACUGGGCAUUACCAUGAUGGUGAUCAUCAUUGCCAUUGGAGCUGGCAUCAUCUUGGGCUACACCUACAAGAGGGGGAAGGAUUUGAAAGAGCAGCACGAUCAGAAAGUAUGUGAGAGGGAGAUGCAGCGAAUCACCCUGCCCUUGUCUGCCUUCACCAACCCCACCUGCGAGAUCAUGGAUGAGAAGACUGUGGUGGUCCAUGCCAGCCAGACUCCAGUUGAGAUUCAGGAGGGCAACAUUCCCUUUAUGGACCAGGCCGGCACUCCUGGGGCCUGAGUGGCUGCAGUGGACAGGAGCCCAUGGUGACACUGGUGCAGGAUAGCCCACUCUCCUACAGCUGGGAGGAUCUACAUUUUGUGUUAUGGUUAAAACCCUACCCCCACCUUUUUUUUUUCUCCUUGUGAAUCCUAAUAACUGAUAGAAGCAAGUGGCGCUGUGGGCUAAGGGCAAGGCUGGGCAGGCUCCAAAUAAUGCUCCUCCAUUCCUUGGAGCAGCAUUUUGCUGGUGGAUGGAGAUAGCAGCAGCUCCCACUGUGGUGCUGCUGGCAAGGGCUUCCAAACAUUGCCUGUACUCCUGGAAUUGAACCAGGGACAGACAGGGAACUUCUCUGUGCUUUACUAUCUAAGAUGGCCUCAGUCUUCGUGAUGGGCUUGAGUGGUGUACACUGUUAUUCAUAGUUAAGGUCAAGCAGGUCAGGAGGUUGUGUUGAAAAAAUAGUUUUUAAAGUAUCCAGGACAGAAUUUCCUACUGACCUCUGAGAACCAGAAAUGAGUUUGUACAGAAGUCAGAACUUUGGGCUGAAUGUGAGAGCUAGGCUGUGGGCUGCGGGUGUGCUCCAGCUUGCUGGCAGUGAUGUGCCUUGACAACCGUGGGCCAAGCCUGGGCCCAGGGACCCUUCCUGUUUUGUAAGAAAAGGAAGGGAAGAAUUGCACUGAACAUUCCACUUAGGAAGAGGGUAGAGAAGAGCCAUUCUAGCCUUAGGUUCCAGGGGCAGAGGUGGACCUGAGGUACCCUGGACAGUCUCUCUUCAGGGGUGGACAAUGACUUCUUCAUUUUGCACGGAUAAGACAGCAGCCAACUAACUCAUGGGAAUUAUACUGUGGGGUCCUUGUGAGCUGCUUCUGGGAAGUUAACCUGGAAACCAAGCUCAGAGGCAAGGUAAUAAAAGCACUUCAGGGCUUUCCCCUGCAGUGGACCUGUGUUCGCAGGUGGUCCUGUGGCCUCCAGGCUAGCACCUUCCUGUUGGGCAACGAGGCUAGGUUCAUAACCCUUAUCUUGUAAAAGAAUAAUCACAGAACCACUGGAAAGGACCUUAGGUUUCUUUAAACCUUUUGGACAUGAGCCCAUGGAGGGAAAAGGGCUUGCCUAAGGUCACAAAGCAAGCUACAGGCAUGGCUAAGAGGAAAGCCCAGCUUCCUGACUGAGCGCAACAUUUUUCUCACUGCACUGUGCUGGUGGCUCAAUAGGGUUUCCAAGCCCUGAUGCCACACUGAGGCCUUGGCAAUGCUCCUUAGCCACAAAGCUCCCUUCCAAGAGCCCUUCCAGUGCCUGACAUGGAGAGUGGGGCGGGGUUAGUGAAGUCUGUUCCUUUCAGCAGGCUGUUCCCUGGAGUCAUUUGCCUGGAGACCUAGACCUCAGGUCUUGGUGUUCGUGAUGCUAGAGAAGAGAACACUGCUGGUUUCUACUUUUCUAUGAAAGAAUUUCUCUGUAUACAUGUUUUAUAUACCUCAUUCUGAUACCUGCAUAUAAAGUGUGGGACAAUGCUCUGUAUUUGACAUUAAAAA